AUGGGCUUCAGGCACAUCAGCUUGGACAUCAACGGAGAAGACGGUGCGAUAUCGCUGGACUUGUCUCGGCCUUUGAAUGCCUCUUUACUUUACUUGCAAGGGAAGUGCGAUAUCGUCACAAAUUUCGGUACCACAGAACAUGUUGGAGAAAGUGAAUAUCUGGAGGAGCACGAGAGGCUUAACAGAAUGGACGUCUGGACUUCUCAGUACCACGCCUUCAGAAACAUUCAUAGUCUUGCACGCAAUGAUGGUGGUAUCAUCAUUAACAUGGUGCCGGCUGCUGGAUGCUGGCCACUGCAUGGUGCUGUAGAAUAUGAGCCACGAUUCUUUCAUGCUCUGGCGCAGAUGGCCCGAUAUGACGUGCGAAACCUCUCUCUGCACCGCCCAGAUCAUGAUUGGUCCGCGCAAGAGGAGCAAUUGUUUUGGAAGCUCCUGAGAGAGGCUCUUGCGAAACAUUCUCUGCAGCUCCCUGACUACGUCAAUCCGGAUGAACUUCCAGCACGGCGACAUCAGGAUAAGGAAGAGCAGGCCAAUGUCUUGUCCAUUUUCGUACGAAGGGGACCUCAUCUUUUCCCAGAUGUCGGCAAGUUCCUGCAAUCCCCGGGCCUCCACAUCAAACGGAGAGCCGAUGACGAGCUGGAAGAUUUCGAGAGCUGCUUGAAUUCUCCCAGAAUGAAGGUGCCUGACUGCUAUGCAGAGAUGGCAGAGACUGGCAAGUGCGACAUCUUGCGCCGGAGAAGAGACUUGAAAAAGGAUUAG